GGGGCAGCCUUCGCGUCAGAUCAUCACCGAGCACGUUGCAAAGUUUCAUUGCUUAUCGAGUCAACAGCCUUUCUCCACGUGGCAGCGUCUCUCUGUGCCUGGGAUUUUACGAAGCUCGCGCGCCAACAUCUCCCUCUCCUCUCCUCUCCCGUCAUGAAGACAUUGGGCCUGCUCGGCGGCAUGAGCUGGGAGUCGACGACUACGUACUACCAGGAGGUCAAUCGCCGCGUCCGCCAUGUCCGAGGCGGCUUGCAUUCCGCUCGAUGCGUCAUCUUCUCCUUGGACUUUGCCGAGAUAGAGGCCCUUCAGCACGCCGACAGGUGGGAGGAAGCUGGCGAGCUUCUCAACGACGCGGCGGCCAAGCUGAAACUUGCGGGUGCAGACGCCAUUGUGCUGUGCACCAACACCAUGCAUUUUGUGAGCCAGGGCAUCGAGGCGGCGUCGCAACUGCCCCUCAUUCACAUUGUCGACCCGACUGCCGAGCGCAUAUUGGACUCUGGCUUUAGAUCCGUCGGGUUGCUGGGCACGCGAUUCACGAUGGAGAAGGAUUUCUAUACGACACGGCUAGCGGACAAGUACGGCUUAAAGGUCAUCGUUCCUGAUGAGUCUGACCGUGCCAUUGUCCACUCCGUCAUCUAUGCGGAGCUUUGCAACGGCAUCAUCAGUGAGGCUUCGCGACAGGCGUACAGCAAGGUCAUCGGGAACCUUGCGAAAGCUGGCGCCGAGUGUCUGAUCCUAGGCUGCACAGAGAUUGGACUGUUGGUGGACGAAAAAGACUGUGAACUUCCAGUCUUUGACACGGCGCAAAUACAUGCCAUUGCCGCCGCUGAUUGGGCCAUGUCAAGUGAAGUUGCUGCACAUCACAACGCUCACCAUGGGUAGCUAGCUGUACGCGGUCUUCGCAGCGGGAUUGGGCUGUGUUGGGGGGGGGGGCGGGGGUGCUGGGAUGCACAUGAGGCAUUGACACGAUGAAGAGAUGACACAGGACGAUCGAUUUGCUUCCAAGUACAACUUUUCUUCUUGCUUGUCUCUUAAUGGCCCCCUGCUGGGGCGUUGAUGUAGAGUCCGUCUUUGGGGUCGAGAUCCGUGGCUGUCGUUCUUGGGCCUGAGAAAGAGUCACGCAGCUGAACGGAAUAUGCCCUGCCCGCAGCAUGUUGAACAGGGAGGCGGUCAAGUAGGCGUCCGUGAAGGAGAUGCUGAUGAGGAAGUGGUUCCAGGUAUCGCGGGUGGCGGCGUCGGCGCCUCUCCCGGGGAUGAGGCGCAUAAUGGGUCGUCUGGCUUCGUGCGCGUCGAUGACUUCGAGGCUGGGGCACAGAAGCCUGGCCUGCAACUCUGACUGCAGGCUUCUUCCGUGGGCGGUGCGGGAACCGACCCAGCAGACCUCAAUCUUGUGCUCGUCGGCGGACCGCAACAGCUGCGUCCGCACGCCCGCCUUGUACUCGGCGUCUCGCAAGGUGCUCGCCGGGUCGGGAUCGGGUAGUGGGCCUGGGAAGCCAGGGAUUCCCGACGGGUCGGGGCAGAUGACGGGGCCGUCGACCCCAUCCACCACCAUGCUCUGGCUCUGACCCCUGGGCAGGAUCAUACUGGACGAGUGAAGUGCCUGUGUGUGUUGGCGGCCGUCGGUAAAACACUUUCGGUGCCGUACGAGGUGAGCGGAGGCAAGGGGACGGCUGCUCUGUUAUCAUGGCGAGGCGAGGGUGGCCGUUGGUCCCCCUGCG